AUGAUGGCCAAUUCUACCCUAGUGACUGAGUUCCUCCUGGAGGUUUUUGCUGAGUCUUGGGAGCUGAGGAUCCUACUCAGUGUGCUGUUCCUGCUGGUGUACCUGGGCAGUCUGUUAGGGAACCUUAUCAUCAUCAUUGCUACUACAGUUGACCAAACCCUGAACACACCCAUGUAUUACUUCCUCAGAAUUCUGUCCAUUUUAGAUAUGGGCUAUGUUUCCGUCACUGUCCCAAAUGCUUGUUUCAACUCUAUCACUGACCACAGGAACAUUUCUGUGACAGGAUGUGCAGCACAAAUCUUUUUGGUCUUUUUUUGUGCAUGUAUAGAGAUGUUUUUUCUCACCAUCAUGGCCCAGGAUCGCUAUGUGGCCAUCUGUAAGCCUCUUCUUUACCCUGUGAUCAUGAACCACCAAUUUUGUGUUCAGAUGACAAUGGUUUCCCUACAUAGCUCUCUUGUCAUUGCAAGUGUUCACACUUUCAAAACAUUCCAGCUUUCCUUCUGUCACUCUAAUGUGGUCUCUCAGUUCUUCUGUGAUAUCCCCUCUUUGUUGAAGCUUUCAUGUUCAGAUACCUUUAACAACAAACUCUUAAUGCUUCUCUCCGCUAUUGUCAUUGGUUGUAGCUGCUUUAUCCUUAUUGCUGUAUCAUAUGUUCGGAUAUUAUCAACUGUGUUGAAGGUUCCUGUCAAAGGAGAGCGAGGGAAAGCCUUUUCCACCUGUGUCCCUCACAUUAUUGUGGUGUCUGUGUUUUUCAGCUCUGCUGCCUAUGUGUACCUAAGACCUCCAGUAGUAACAUUAGAAGUAGUUAAGGAUAUGACUCUUUCUGUGUUUUAUACUAUUGUUCCACCAUUCUUAAAUCCUAUCAUCUAUAGUCUUAGAAACAGACAGAUUAAGGUGGCAGUGAAGAAAGUAAUGUUAAGACUUUCUUUCAUAUUUGAAUAUAAAAGGAAUAAGAAACUAUCAGAGUUUUCUAGAGGAAGAAAACUGACAAUAUAA